UUACUGUAACAUAAGAGAUUUUUUCGGACAAAGAACGUCAAAUUCGAAGCUUUUCUUCUUUCUUCCCGCAGACCUCACCGUUGCUUGACUUCCGAAAUAUCCACGAAAGGGAACAAAAAUCCCAGAUAGAUUCCGACCGGACAAAUCUUCUUCGUUCCAGAUCCAAAUACCCAUCUCGUAUUGAUCUGCAUAAAUGGCGGUUACUCGCUGAUUCAGAUACAAAACGGCCCUUUUUCCCUCUUCUUGCCUCCUUCAAUGGCGGAUCACCAACAUGGCAAGUUCUUCUUCUUCUUCUUAUGCUCUUUUUUCGUCUCCUUCAGUUUGCUUUUACCUUUGUCUUCAAAUGGGUCUCUGGUUCUUGCAACCUCUGGUUCGGUCCCGAUUACACAAGAGAACGAUUAUGUUUCUCCAAAUGAAGCUGUAAUCGGCAGCGAAUCCGACCGACAAGGUGAUCUAUUGCAUAAACUCGAGGAACUGGUUAGGAAUCUUACGGAAGUAGUUGCUAGAUUGGAUACUAGGUUGUCUCGAACUCAGAUUUCGCAGUGUGUCCGUGAGGAACGCGAUAUCGGGGCAUCGAUGAAGCCGUCGAAGGAGAGGAGUGAGAUUGGUCGGAGAAAAUCUGGUGAUGAAAUCGAAGAAGAUAGUGAUAACGAUGAUGACGAAGAAGAAGGUCACAAGAGUGGAACCAGGGAGAAAACUAAGACAUUAUCCGUAACUAAGUACAGCCCAUUCUGGUCGGAGAGGUUUCAGUUCACUUCGGCUGUGAAAUUGGAUUCAGAUGCGACUUGUGUUAAUGUUUUGCCGUUUCGUGAUCACGAGGGUUUAAGCAAGUACUUUGGAGUUGGGGAUUCAAGAGGUAGGGUUUAUGUGUUCUUGAGGAAUGGGGAUGUUUUGGUUGAAUUCUUCACGACCUGCAGUUCACCCAUCACGGCUAUGGUUUCGUAUCUGUCAGUGCAUAAGAACGAGAGUUUCGUGGUCACGGGCCAUCAGAAAGGUGAGAUCUUGUUGCAUAGGAUUCGCGAGGGGUCGAACGGGGAGGAUUGGAACUCGGUUACGAUGGAGCAUGUUGGUAAGUUUUCUGGCACGGGAGAUGGGGAAGAUGGCGAUGUGUCCGUGACCCUCCUGGAAGUUCAUCACGUGGGUCGGGUUAGGUAUAUAUUGGCUUCGGAUCUCGGUGGGAAGCUCACGGUUUACACGGAAAACGGGACGGUUUAUGGGUCAGCAAUGCCCACGAGCAGGCCGCUUGUCUUCUUGAAGCAAAGGCUGUUGUUUCUGACGGAGACUGGUGCCGGGUCGCUGGACUUAAGGAGCAUGAAGAUCAGAGAAUCCAAAUGUGACGGUCUGAACCAUUCUCUUGCAAGAACAUACGUUUUCGAUGCCACAGAACGGUCUAAAGCAUACGGGUUCACAUCCGAGGGAGAAAUCAUUCACGUUUUACUUCUGGGCGACAUUAUGAACUUCAAAUGUCGGGUGAGAUCCAAGAGAAACUUCCAAAUGGCAGAGCCGGUUGCUUUACAAGCUAUCAAAGGCUAUCUGCUCAUGAUCAACGAAGAAAAAGUCUUCGUCUACAAUGUAUCAACCCAGCAAUACGUUCGAACCAGCAGUCCCCGGCUUCUUUUCUCUGCGGGCUUAGACGAGAUAAGAUCAACGUUCUUGAAUCAUCACGAUUCAUCGUUCAAACCGGACCAGAGAGGCAAAAAGGCGACACCUUUGAUAGCGAGUGACCGGGAAAAGCUCGUGGUAAUGAGCUUAGGAGACGGAUACAUCGCGACAUACAGAUCAAAACUUCCGGUUUUCAAAGGGGAAUUCAACACGAUGCUAUGGAGCAGCCCGGUGUUUUUCUUCGUACUGUUUCUCUUCGGGGCGUGGUUUUUCUUUGCCAAGAAGAAAGAAGCUCUCACUUCUUGGGGACCCGACGACCCUUUCGCCUCUUCCUCCUCUCCUUCCCCUGCGGCUCAAGCCAUGGACCACUCCUUCGCAGAAUCUUCUAGAAGGAGUGAUGACCUAAUGGAACUACGAAGAAGGUACGUCUCUCCAUCUCGGUACCCUCCUGGUGACGGCUCGGCUGCAGUUUCUUACCGUUCAGGCGGCUCUAAUGACUUGAGCUCACGAGCUCUGGUGGAUCAGAACUACAGAGCCAUGGCUCAGGAGCUCAAGUACCGCGGCUCGGGUCUCGAGUCGAGCGGGUUUGGGAAGAGAAGGGAGAGCCUGUUUGUUAACAGCAAAGUUGUGGACGGCGAGAGUUAGAUCCUUGUGUUAAGUUUUCAACUUUGUUUUUCCUCCAUCCUCUGUCUUUUGUUUUUUUUAGGGAUUGGCUUGAAAAUGUUGUAAUAUGUAAACUCUGGUUUAGGAAAUAAAAGUUUCAGGUAAAUUAUUCGGUUCG